AUGGUGGUCAAGACAUGCAAUAGAUAAAAGAGGUGAUGAUGUAGGACAUUAUAAAAAGUGUACAAAGUAAAACGUCGCUGGGUAUAUGUGGUUGACGUCAUGAAAGUUACAAAUGCGCAUGCAUUUUGCUCAUCGAGCGAAUAAUAAGUAGUUAUUCGCAUAAUUCAAAAACGCUUUUAAUUAAGGUACAAGUACAAUAUUUGUUAUACUGAAGAUAAGUAAAUAUAAUAACAAGUAUCAUAGCACCUUUGUGAAACUGUUACCUUGACCGUACAAAUGCGUGCGCAGAAAAGUUACUGCAUCGAGAUUACAGAGCGACAUAACCUCGAAAACUUUGUAACCGAACCUGCCUAGCACAUGAAUCAUACUAACAUAUUUUUGGUAUAAAUCUACGUUCAAUCGUACUUAACGAAUCGGAAGUAAAUAAGAACUAAAAAAAUAUGACAACGGAAAAUGUAGAAAUUGAUACAUUAACGUUAAAUGGAAGAACGGAUGAGGAAGAUAUUGUAACACCUUGGGAUGUUGCAAGUAAAAAUGAUACCGGAAUUGACUAUGACAAACUAAUUCAAAAAUUUGGAAGUUCAAAAAUCGACGAGGAAUUAUUAGCCAGGUUCGAGAAAAUCACAGGAGAAAAACCACAUCAUUUUCUUAGAAGAGGAAUAUUCUUUUCGCAUAGAGAUAUGCAUACUAUAUUAAAUCUUUAUGAACAAGGAAAAUCGUUUUACCUUUAUACUGGAAGAGGCCCUAGUUCAGAUUCUAUGCACUUAGGACAUCUUAUACCAUUCAUGUUUUGCAAAUGGUUACAAGAUGUAUUUCAUGUUCCAUUGGUUAUUCAGUUAACUGAUGAUGAAAAAGCAAUAUGGAAAAACAUAAAAGUAGAGGAUGCAAUUAAAUUGGCCUAUAAUAAUGCUAAGGAUAUUAUCGCCCUUGGAUUUAAACCAGAAAACACAUUCAUUUUUUCCAAUUUGGAACAUAUUGGAAAUAACCCUGCAUUUUACCAAAAUAUGAUUAGGAUACAAAGAAGUGUUACAUUUAACCAAGUAAAGGGUAUUUUUGGAUUUGGAGAUAGUGAUCCUAUUGGAAAAAUUGCAUUUCCACCUACCCAAGCUGCUCCAGCAAUUUCUGGGACCUUUCCUUUUAUAUUUAAAGCUGCAAAAGUUCAUUGUUUAAUUCCAUGUGCUAUAGAUCAAGACCCUUAUUUCAGAAUGACAAGAGAUGUUACACCAAAAAUUGGUUACCCCAAACCAGCUCUGUUACAUUCUGUAUUCUUUCCAGCCUUACAAGGCUCAAAAACAAAAAUGUCUGCUAGUGAUACUAAUAGUGCAAUAUUUUUGACAGACACUGCUAAACAAAUAAAAAACAAAGUUAACAAACAUGCAUUCUCAGGAGGACAAGCUACUGUCGAAGAACAUAGACAAUUAGGUGGCAAUUGUGAAGUAGAUAUAGCAUACCAGUGGUUAAGAUUUUUCCUUGAAGAUGAUGAAAAACUAGAGCAACUUAGAAAAGACUAUACAAGUGGAGAAAUUUUAACAGGAGAGCUUAAAAAGGAAUUGAUUAAUGUUCUACAACCUUUGGUUGCUGCACAUCAAGAAGCUAGAAGUAAAUUAACAGAUGAAACAGUUAAACAGUAUAUGGUUCCUAGAGAUCUUGGUUUUGUAACAAAAGUUAAUUCCAGUAUCGCGCGCAAGUUAAUUUUACUUUGGGAUCCUGUAUGAUUGCCCAGGCUUGAGCGGAAAUCGUGGGCUUUUGAUUGGUGGAUUAUGACGCCAUAAAACAUGCUAUUAAUAACCAACGCAUGCGCAGAAAUUUACCCAGUGUAUAUCCGCCAUUCAUGCAAGUCGAUUUCGUUAGUUCUGUGUGUUGAGCCUAGCAAAGGAACAUGGUGAUAGUGAUAUGAAACAAGUCUAUUAGCAAUACCACGCUCUACACAUAUAUACUUUCGCAAAGUAACGAUGAUAUUUGGUCACGACCUUCCUACG